CGCGUCGUUUACGUUGUCAUUAGUAUGGAGGUUAUGAGCUUGCGGAACUUGGGUUUCGACCCCAACCUGCUGGAGACCCUACACGACCUGCUCGACAUCUCCGACGAGCAGAACCAACAAAGCUACCAGGCGCCCUCUCGCCGGUACGUCCGCGAGGCGAAGGCCAUGGCCGCCACACCCGCAGAUGUGAAGGAGACUAAAGAUGCCUACGUUUUCGUGGUGGAUGUUCCAGGGCUGAGGCCGGAUAUGAUUAAUGUGAAGAUUGAGGAGGACAACGUGUUGGUGGUGAGCGGGGAGAGGAAGAGAGAGAAGGAGAGGGAUCAGGGGAUCAAGUACUUGAGAAUGGAGAGGAGGCUCGGGAAGUAUCUCAAGAAGUUUGUGCUGCCGGACAACGCCGAUAUUGAGAGGAUUUCGGCCGAGUGUCAGGAUGGGGUGCUGACCGUGACAGUUGCGAAGAAGCCGCCGCCAAAGCAGAAGAAGCCCAAGACCAUUCAGAUCCAGAUAAGCAGCAACCAAGGUGGCGGCCAGGGAGGCAAAGGUGGUCAAGGCUGGGAAGAAGGUGGAGAAGAGGAACGUGGCAAGCAGAGCGGUGGCCAAGGUUGGGAAGAAGGUGGCCAAGAGGAACGUGGUAGGCAAGGCCGUGGGCAAGGUGGCCAAGGCGGUGGCCAGGGAGGCAAAGUUGGUCAAGGUUGGGAAGAAGGUGGCCAAGAAGAACGUGGUAGGCAAGGCGGUGAGCAAGGUGGGGAACAUGGCAGGCAAGGUGGGCAGAGCGGUGGGAAGCGUGGUGCCGGUGGGUAUGAAGGGCAAGUUGAAGGGCGUGAGAAGUAAGCAGAGGUCCGCUUGCUCUAAUGGCAGUGCAUGAUCAGUUUACGUGAGGCUACUAUUGAAUAGCGG